AUGGAAGCUGGAAAGGUGUUAGAAGUUCUCUAUACUUUUCCUGUCGAGGGAAUACUGAACAAGCUGGCUUCACUUGCUGCUCAAGAAAUAAGCCUGUUCCGGGGAUUCAAAAAGGAACUAACAAAGCUUCGUCAAUCAUUACUCGAGAUUCAAGAUUUCUUAGGCGAUGUUGCCCACCAGCCUCAAGAACGGGGCAAGGCAUUGAAGGACUGGGUGAGAAAACUGAAAGACAUAGCUGAUGAUGCUGACAAUGUCUUGGAUGAAAUCAACUAUGAAGAUCUUCGCAGGCAAGUAGAACUGUCAAACCAAAAGGGGGAAAAAGGUACGCAACUUCCUUUCCAGCUCCAAUCCCCAUUUGUUUCGUCAAAAAUGGCACAUAAAAUCAAGAGCAUCAACGCAUCUUUGUUGGAUCUCAAAUAUGAGGCAUCUUUCAUUGGACUAGUUUCCAAGAAAAUAGAUCCAACCCCUCCGGAAAUUGGAGGGGCCAGAGAAACCGACUCAAUCUUUGAGGAAGAUGAAAUCGUCGUUGGAAGGAAUGAGGAUCUGUCAAAGAUAAUGACAAUCUUGACAAACUCCAACUUGGAUCAAGAAAAUCUUUCAGUAAUGCCCAUUGUCGGAAUGGCAGGCCUGGGAAAGACAACUGUGGCUAGGUCACUAUUCAAUAAAGAUUCUAUUUGUGGACAUUUUGAGAAGAAAAUAUGGGUGUGUGUAUCUAACACUCUUGAGGUCAAUUCGAUUUUAAGUUGGAUAUUAGAAUAUCUUAACCCAACAAAGGCUGGGAUACAACGCCUAGAUGCAUUGCUUAAAAACCUAGUACAAGAAUUGGAAAAAAAGAGAUAUUUUCUCGUGCUUGAUGAUGUGUGGAACGAAGAACCUCAAAAAUGGAGCAAUUUGAUGACUUGUUUGUCAAAACUUCAUAGUGCCCAAGGAAGCGUUGUUAUUGUCACUACGCGCAGUGCCAGUGUUGCAUCAAUCACGAAAAAAAGUACUCCAAUGUAUGUUUUGAGAAGUCUAUCUGUUGAUGAUUGUUGGGACAUAUUGAAGAAAAGAGCAUUUCCAGAUGGUAAUGCUCCUAUUGCAAAAGAUCUAGAAACAAUUGGAAGGGAGAUUGCCAGGAAGUGUGCUGGUAUACCUUUAACGGCAAAGGUUUUGGGAAGCAUGAUGCGUUCUAAAUAUAGUAUCAAUGAAUGGUUGGAAAUUCAAAAAAGUAAGAUGUGGGAAUUACCAGAAGGAGAUGAAAGAAUAAUGUCGAUUUUGAAGUUGAGUUUUGAUAAUUUGAAAUCACCUUCUUUGAAACAGUGUUUUGCAUAUUGCUCAAAUUUCAAGAAAGAUUUUGAAAUGGAAAGGGCAGACUUGAUCCAGCUAUGGAUGGCUCAAGGAUUUCUAUGUUCUUCUCAUAACAAAGAUAUGGAGGAUAAAGGUGAUGAAUAUUUUACGAUUCUGUUGCAAAACUCCCUCUUUCAAGAUGUUAUAAGGGAUGACUUUGGUACUAUUAUCUAUUGCAAGAUGCACGAUCUUGUACAUGAUCUUGCUGAGCUUGUAUCAAGAUCUGAAAUGGAAGAUAAACUUGAGAAUCAACACGUGACAUGGGAUCCUUCCAAAAGUUCCAAAAGAAACUUUGAGAAACGGCGGUCACUGUUUGUGAAUGGUGAUCAAGCCAUUAGUAAUAAUACAUUACUCAUAAACUUUAAAGCUUUGCGUGUUUUAAAUUUGUACAGGGCUGAUAUUGAGGAGCUGCCGAGUUCAAUUGGCGUCUUGAUACAUUUGAGGUAUUUGAACGUUUCUCGAACAAAAAUCAAAGAACUCCCUAAGUCUAUUGGCAAGCUUUAUAACCUACAGACAUUAAGAAUGGAGGAUACAUGGAAUCUUAAAACGGUUCCAAAGGAAAUGGAAAAUUUGAUCAACUUGAGGCAUGUUUAG